AUGGCUGAUAACAGUACACCUUGGGCUUCAAGAUGGACCGUACAGUUUGACCCUUAUUCCGGGUAUGUUAACGAUGAAAGCAGCGCUGACGAACUCAUAAAACAGUGCGAGAUAGCUACGACGACACGCUUCACUGUAUUUAAACAAACAGGAGGAUUUUCAAAUUGCAGUAGGCUGGAAAAUGCAGAUAAAAAUGCUAAGAACCACCGUAUACAAUGGGCUCACUCACAGGAGAUGACAGGAUGCAGACUAAGUUUUGAUGGCAUCCCAUUCCAAAUUGUGGGGGUCAAAGUUUUAGAAUGCCAAAAUGGGCCAGACAGAAAUAAGGCACUCAAAAGGAAGGAGGCUCAAAAGAGACUACAAAAAGAUAAGGAGAAUGCUGAUCACUGCUAUAACAACACCAAACAGCGCUUUAUAGUACAGGAUACGAAGAAAUGUGAGUGUCCAGCAAAGAUCCACCUAAGGAAAAUAAUCAAGUAUCCUGAAAAUAAGAUUUCAGAGAACACAAAGAGUAGAAGGGAGACAAUGUCAAAAUUUCUGAGAACAUCCCUAGAGUCAGAAAAGAAGCAAACAAUAGCUACAGAGGAGCGUAUUUACAUAUUACUUCCUAAACUUACGGAUCACUUAUUUCACCCCAUGGGGAGGGUAAGUACUUGGCCAUCAAUUAAAUUUUUUUUGGAAUCAGGAAACUGA